GCGAUUCCAUAAAAAUAUAAAAUUUUUGCAUAAUUACCGUGUUUGGUUGCAGUUUACAGUGUCCUUGAAUUAUUAUUGUUUGUAAUGGAUUUUGAAUAAAUCAUAGUUUCAAUUUUGACGUUCGUGCGGUCACUGUCUUCAUCUACACGUCGGUGCGGGUGGACCGGCCGUCAAGUCGUAUCACGUUGCGAAGCCUUGGAGUGACUGAAGAACCAUGAGGAUCGAGAAGUGCUAUUUUUGCUCGUCUUCCAUAUAUCCUGGACAUGGCAUUAUGUUUGUUCGAAACGAUUGUAAGAUUUUCAGAUUUUGCCGGUCGAAAUGCCAUAGAGCCUUCAAAAAAAAGAAAAAUCCCCGCAAAACUAGAUGGACGAAAGCGUUCAGAAAAGCGGCUGGUAAGGAGCUGGCCGUGGAUCCUGCCUUUGAAUUUGAAAAGCGCCGCAAUACACCCGUUAAAUACAGUCGUGAAUUAUGGGAAAAAACAGUGGAUGCAAUCAAGAGGAUAGAAGAGAUCAAGCAGAAACGGCAGUCACAACAUAUCCUUAAAAGGUUGCAAAAAGGUGUUGCGGAUAGGAAGCAGGCCGAUAUACGUCAGGUCCAGAAGAGCAUGCACAUGCUCAAAUCUCCCGCAGCCAAAGCUUUCCGUAAAGGCGGCCGGGUGGAAGUGGAGGAAGAGGAAUAUGAUGCGGAAAUGCCCGAACGAGAAGCAGAAAUGGAAGCAGAAGAGGAAUCGGAAGAUUGAACCUGCCGUGGAUCUCUUCUUUGUCAUAAUAAUUUUGGUGUACUUACAGGAUUAUAUGGUAUAGUCUGAUAAAUGGAUAUAUUAAGUGAAAAAUUAAUUUUCUGCAAUCUGAGCUAUAUGGUGUGAUGCGAGGUGGAUAUUGGUGCCUGCCGCAGUGCCGCUUUACCAUUUCUGGCUCUUGUUCGGGAAUUGGUUGUGGCAGUAUGGAAAGCAGUCGCAGUUUAGCAAUACGCUGAAUUCCAAGUGGUUUUUGUUGUACGCAGCU